AGAGAAAACACAAAAAAUAAAAAAAAAAAAAAAAAAAAAACCUCUUUACAUUCCUGAGUCUUAUCUGGGAAUGCUACUUUCAGAGUGCACACCAGGCCAUAGCAGUUUCGUCACCUUGUCCAGUAGAAGGCUCUUUUAUUACAACUGCUCAAGUAUUGACAUACAACAUGAAGCAAGAUGCCACAAGAAGUGCUGCCUACACUGUGGAUUGUGAAGAUUAUGUGCAUGUGGUAGAAUUUAAUCCCUUUGACAGUGGGGAUUCAGGAAACCUAAUUGCAUAUGGUGGCGGUAAUUAUGUGGUCAUUGGCAUGUGUACUUUUCAGGAGGAAGAAGCAGACGUUGAAGGAAUUCAAUAUAAAACAUUACGAACAUUUCAGCAUGGAGUCAGAGUUGAUGGCAUAGCUUGGAGCCCAGAAACAAGACUUGAUUCAUUGCCUCCAGUAAUCAAAUUUUGUACUUCAGCUGCUGAUAUGAAAAUAAGAUUAUUUACUUCAGAUCUUCAAGAUAAAAAUGAAUAUAAGGUUUUAGAGGGCCAUUCAGAUUUCAUUAAUGGCUUGGUGUUUGAUCCCAAAGAAGGACAAGAAAUUGCAAGUGUGAGUGAUGAUCAUACCUGCAGGAUUUGGAACUUGGAAGGAAUGCAGACAGCUCAUUUUGUUCUUCAUUCCCCUGGAAUGAGUGUGUGCUGGCAUCCUGAGGAAACUUUUAAGCUGAUGGUUGCAGAGAAGAAUGGAACAAUCCGGUUUUAUGAUCUUUUGACUCAACAGGCUAUUUUAUCUCUUGAAUCAGAACAGAUGCCAUUAAUGUCAGCCCACUGGUGUUUAAAAAAUACCUUCAAAGUUGGAGCUGUUGCAGGAAAUGAUUGGUUAAUUUGGGAUAUUACUCGAUCCAGUUAUCCUCAAGAUAAGAGACCUGUCCACAUGGAUCAAGCCUGUUUAUUCAGGUGGUCCACAAUUAAUGAGAACUUGUUUGCAACCACUGGUUAUCCUGGCAAAAUUGCAAGCCAAUUUCAAAUUCAUCAUUUAGGACACCCUCAGCCUGUCCUCAUUGGUUCUGUAGCCGUCGGAUCUGGUCUUUCCUGGCAUAGAACUCUCCCACUGUGUGCAAUUGGAGGAGACCACAAGCUGUUGUUUUGGGUAACUGAAAUGUAGAACAAAUUUUCUCUGUACCUUAGAUACAUAAACUCUGUAUUUUUAAUACAUAUUUUGAAGAAUUUCUUAUUUUUAUAUCAAAUAUACCGUACGCUCUAGAAAUGUCCCAGUUGUUGCUUCUGUUAAAUAAAAUAAUGGUUUGAAAAAUCA